AUGUCUAUCGUUGUCACGGCCAAAAUUGCCCAAAACGCUGUUUUUUUCUCUGACGAACGAUUUCGGUGCGAAAUUACUUUUGAAUACCUACUUCCUACGGUCGAAAAGUUCGCAAACGAUAAAUUACAAAGCCUAGCAAGUAAAAAUGGUUUCAUAAGCCACACAAAAUCUUAUCAGGAACCAAAAUCACCAGGCAGGAAACUUUCGCCUAGGCAGGUUUCAAAUGGAAAUCCCUUGUCAGCAAUAGUAGAGAACCCUUCGAUUCAAAAUAGCCUAGCUGGAGAUCUUGGCGAUUCGGGAAUGUUUGGGUUUCGUAACUUGGUCAAGAGAUCGACACUAACUGCGUUUGCAUCUUCAACACUCUCUUUAUUUUCUUUGGGCAGUGGAGAAUCGCAGCCACCGUUAUCACCAGUACGAAAUAAUGAUUAUAUUGAAAAAACAAAUAACAAUGAUGUUCAUUCAACGGCUUCGCCGUUUACUUACAUAGAAGAAGAAACUUAUGAUGAUGGUGGGCUAAUUAAUUUAAAACAAGCAGAUGGUUGUGACAGCGUUUCAGUUAGUGAUUAUGAUACUUCUGAAUCUUCUCCACGAAGUUCUGCAGAUUUUUAUGUACUUGGAUAUUCUGACGACAGAAGUAGUAAUAGUUGGAGUGGUUCAUUAAAUGAUUAUAAAAGAAAUAGUAGUGGUAGUGGUCGUUCUUCAAUUGGAAGUGGGCGAUGUAAUUCUUCACCUACUCUUAGUCAAAAAUAUGAAACAUUAUUAUGGGGUUUUGCACAGAUAGUUGGGCAAUUUAUGGUAGAUGGAUCUUUAGUAAAGUCUAUCGAAUUUGAACCAUUGAAAACAAAGACAAUGUAUCGACCAGCUAGUGGGAGUGGUGCUGGGGGAGCCGUAGGUGGUGGAACAUUAGGAGUAUUCACUCAAAAUUCUAUACAUCCUUCAAGCUUACAAGAUCUCCAAGAACGAGCGGAUAGUAAAUCUAUACCUGUAUUUUCAACACCACCAUCAAUAUUGUUUUGUGAUUUACAUUUGAUGCCAGGAGAGAGUCGAACUUACACAUAUGAGACUAGGCUACCGACUGAUUUACCCCCGACUCACCGUGGUAAAGCAAUUCGGUUUAAUUAUAAUUUGAUAAUAGGAACUCAUCGAGGCGGGUUGAAUCAACAAUCACAUAUAGUUCAGUUACCUUUCCGUGUAUUCAAUUUUGUCUCUGACAAUAAGCGUGAAGAAUUCAUAGAUUAUGUGACAAAACUUGUUCAAUGCUCUGAUGGUGCGGAUUUAGACAUUGACAAUAAAAGAGAUGGAAAGAGAGAUAGCGAUAAUUAUGUUUUCGUGGAGAAAUAUGUAAACUCUCUUACCAAUACGGCAACUAUUAUAUCAAAGAAUGCACGGAAAGUAAAUUUUGAUAUUUGUAAAAAUAAUCAACGAGUGGCACAAUUAUGUCUUUUAAAGACACUAUAUCGAUUAGGAGAUAUUGUAACGGGAACACUAAACUUUAAUGAUGCUAUUAUACCUAGUUAUCAGGUAUCUAUCACAUUGGAGAAUAGUGAAUUGGUUGAAUCUUCUGUAGCAAAUCGACCGCAACAACAAAUAUCGCGAUUGACGCGUAAAAUACAUGGUGAACACCAUGAAUUUUGUCUGAAUGCAUCACGUAUAAGUUUUGCUAUUUCCAUACCAACCAAUUGUACGCCAGAUUUUGCGACAACAGGAGUGAAACUUCAGUGGAGUUUACGAUUGGAAUUCAUUACAGGAUCUAAGAACGACUAUCCGUUAAUGCCGCUUAAUGCGGAUGAACGUCAUCAUUAUUUUCAAGCGGUUGAAGAUGUUAAUGUUGAAACUUUUGAUUGUUCCAUUCCAAUUAAAGUAUAUCCGACAUCAUGUGAAUCAGCACGGACAUUUCCUUCACAACAUACUUUUCGUGUAUCAUAA